CGACUUGAAGGGACAACGUUAAGCGGAUCGCUCGUAUCCCCCUUCCAAGUCUUUCACUGGGCCGGCUAGAGGGCGGUUCAGUUGCACUCCGACUCUCCGUUUCGACAGGUCCACAAAAGAGAGAAAAGAUCGGCGUUUGACUAAGCACCGGCUUAAGUUGGGUUCUGUGUUUUGGUUUUCGUCUUGCGUCUUGAGGGUUUCCGUAGUGCGCGAAUUUUUCGCGAGGAAGAUCAUUCCUCUCUUCUGGUCCUCCUCUCUCCGCGCACAUCGAUCGUGUCGGAGUAAGGAUGUGUGUCGUUCUGUUGCUGGCCUCGUUACUUCUCCUCGUGACCAGCCCGGCUGUGACCGGUCAGGCUCAGCUGAUCGGUAGCGAUGACGGCACCAAUCAACAAUCUGGUAAUCGGUGCAUCGACGAGGAACAGAAUCCACAGCGAUGCAUUCCGGAUUUCGUGAACGCUGCUUUUAACGGACGAGUCGAAGCGACCAAUACUUGCGGCUUGUACGGACCGAGUGAGUUCUGCACACAAACGGGAGCCAAAGGACCGGAAAAAUCGUGCGAUAUUUGCGACGCCCGCGUAUCGCACCUGGCCCAUCCAGCUGAUUAUUUGACUGACUUUAACAACAACGACAACAUCACGUGGUGGCAAUCAGACACGAUGCUGGAGGGCAUCCAGUACCCAACUCAAGUCAACUUGACGCUCAAUCUACGGAAAGCUUUCGACAUUACAUACAUCCGAGUCAAAUUUCAAUCUCCGCGCCCAGAGAGUUUCGCCCUCUAUAAGCGAACGUCGGAAGAUGGACCUUGGUUACCCUAUCAGUUUUACAGUGCGACUUGCCGUGAUACAUAUGGACUGCCUGACAGCAACUUCGUUCGAAGAGAUGACGAAAAACGUGCCCUUUGCACGUCUGAAUUCUCCGAUAUUUCACCUCUUACUGGAGGAAAUGUUGCCUUUUCGACAUUGGAAGGAAGACCGUCUGCCUAUAACUUUGACGAAAGCAAAGAACUUCAGGACUUUGUCACCGCCACGGACAUCCGAAUUACUUUGGAUCGUUUGAAUACUUUUGGUGAUGAAGUCUUUGGUGACCCAAAAGUACUCAAGUCUUAUUUUUAUGCCAUUUCUGACUUUGCCGUUGGUGGCAGAUGCAAGUGCAAUGGUCACGCCUCCGAGUGUGUGUCGAGUUCAUCGGAAGAUGGCAGCUAUUCGAACUUGGUCUGCCGUUGCGAACAUAACACAGCCGGCCGAGACUGCCAAGAAUGUCUCCCGUUCUAUAAUGACCGUCCAUGGGCCCGCGCCACUGCCGACGAUGCCAAUGAAUGCCUUCCUUGCAAUUGUAAUGGAUUCUCCAGCCGAUGUUACUUUGAUCAAGCACUAUUCGACAGCACCGGCCAUGGUGGCCAUUGUCUUGAUUGUACGGCCAAUCGCGACGGACCAAAUUGUGAACGUUGUCGGGAACAGUUUUACCAACGGGAAGAUAAUUAUUGUGUUCCCUGCAAUUGUGAUGAGACAGGUUCACGAAGCUUGCAGUGUAAUCGCGAAGGUAAAUGUUCGUGCAAACCGGGCGUGACCGGUGACAAAUGUGACCGAUGCGAAGAAAACUUCUACGAUUUUGGACCGCAAGGGUGCCGCCCUUGUGGCUGUAACGUGGCAGGCAGUUUGGGUGGCCAACCGCGCUGUGAUUCCGAAACGGGCAGUUGUUCGUGCAAAGAUAACGUGGAAGGCCAACGCUGUGACCGUGCCAAACCUGGCUACUUCAAUUUGGAUGCUGAAAAUCUUUUCGGUGCCACUCCGUGUUUCUGUUAUGGCCAUUCAUCUGUUUGCAGAUCGGCUACCGGCUACGCCCGCGGGUUGACUGAGAGUGUAUUUGCCCGUUCUGAUGAAAAAUGGACGGCCUUAGAACAACCUGGAAAUCGGCCAAUCACAUUAGCUUACAAUUCGUUGCUGGGCAACAUCGGAGUCAGCGCACCCGGCCGUGAUGCCGUCGUUUUUUCAGCUCCCGAACGUUACCUGCAUGACCAACGGACGAGUUAUAAUCAACAACUUCACUUCACCUUGCGAACCAACGAAGCUGGAGCUCGUGCUUCCAUCGAUGACGUUGUUCUUGAAGGAUCUGGUCUGACCAUUUCGCAGCCCAUCUUCGGUCAAGGCAACCAAUUGCCAUCGACCCAAAAUCAAGUCUACUCCUUUAGACUACACGAACAUCCGGAUUACGGCUGGAAUCCACGUCUUUCGUCUCGCGAUUUUAUCAGCGUCUUGGCCAACUUGACUGCCAUUAGAAUUCGUGGUUCUUACACUCCCCGUGGCUCGGGCUACUUGGACGAUGUCAAAUUGGAAACGGCUCGUCGUGGAGGUAGCGGUUCACCUGCCAACUGGAUCGAACGCUGUAAUUGCCCUGAAGGUUACGUCGGACAGUUCUGCGAGUCUUGCGCUCCAGGUUUCCGACACGAACCAGCCAAUGGGGGUCCAUUUGCUCGCUGUGUUCCCUGCAACUGUAACGGACAUGCCGACAUUUGUGACGCCGAAAGCGGUCGCUGCAUUUGCCAGCAUAACACAGCCGGUGAUAAUUGCGAGCGUUGCGCCCGCGGUUUUUACGGCAACGCGCUACAAGGAUCGCCUAAUGAUUGUCAGGCCUGUCCGUGUCCAAAUGGUGGCGCUUGUAUCGAACUGGCUGAUGAGACCGUAGUUUGUCUCGAAUGUCCAGUUGGUUAUGCUGGUCCUAGAUGUGAAUUGUGCAGCGACGGAUAUUUCGGAGAUCCAGAGGGCCGUUUCGGCGCACGACGGCCAUGCCAGCCUUGCGACUGUAAUGGAAACGUCGAUCCUAACGCCGUGGGUAAUUGCAACCGGACGACGGGUGAAUGCCUUAAAUGUAUUUACAACACGGCCGGCUAUCGUUGCGACUCUUGUCUGGCCGGCUUCUUUGGCGAUGCCCUGGCCCUCAACAAAGGUGAUUGCCGGCCCUGUCAGUGUUUCCGCCGUGGUACUCUGCAGUUGCCGUCCGGUACUCUUCAAUGUGACCAAGUUAGCGGACAAUGUGAAUGUAAACCGAACGUCGCCGGCAACAAUUGCGAUCGAUGCCAAGAUGGCUUCUUCGACUUGGAAAGCGGAAAUGGAUGCCAAACAUGCAACUGCGAUCCUGUCGGUUCCCUCAAUCGGACAUGUAAUGUUCGCAGUGGCCAGUGUUUUUGCCGUCCUGGUGUAGUUGGUCUCCGAUGUGACUCUUGCGCUCCAAACCAAUUUGGUUUCUCUUACAACGGUUGCAAACCUUGCGAAUGCGAUACAAUUGGAUCGCUAUCCCUUCAGUGUGACGAUCCGGACGGCCAAUGUCGAUGCAGAGAUAAUGUCGAGGGCCGUCGCUGUGAUCGUUGCAAAGAGAACAAACAUGACCGUGAAGCGGGAUGCAAAGAUUGUCCACCUUGUUACAAUUUGGUGCAAGAGGCCGUCGAUGAACACCGAGCCAAGUUGACUGAUUUGGCAACUAUUCUGGAACGUAUCAUUUCCAACCCCACCAUCAUUGCAGAUCUUGACUUCGAUCGAAAAUUGGCUGAAGUACAGGAUCGUGUAGAUCAGCUUUGGGUUGAUGCCAAGUUGCAGAGUGGUGGUGACAAAAGCAUUAGCAUCCAGUUGGAAGAAUUAAAGAAUAGAUUAAAGCAAGUUCAGCUAAUGAUUGGUGAAAUCGAAAUGCGGACACAGAGUUCACGACGCGCCACCGCCGCUGGAAUCGGUAAUUUAACUGUGGCCGAAGCUGCAGUCGAACGAGCUCGAGAAUCUCUGAAAGCCGCUCAGCGCUAUUUGGAGACAGAAGGAUCUGACGCUCUACAACGAGCAAUCCAGCGUUCAGAAAAGUUUGGCCAGCAAAGUGAGCGCAUGUCACAGAUCGCCCGUGAUGCACGUCAAGCAGCCGAUCAGCUUGACGAGGCCGCAGUGUUGAUAGAGUCAACAGCGCAGGAGGCCCUCAACACUUCCAGUAAUGCUUAUCAGUUGGCUCGAGAAGCCGUCGACCAGCAAAAGAACACGACCGAAGAAAUUGAUGGACUUCGCAGGGAGCUGACAAUUACUGAACAGACUCUCGCCCGAACCCAGGCCAUGGCUAAAGAGGCUCUGACUAAUGCCCAAUCGGCUUACACUGAAGCUCUUAGUCUGCUGGGUGAUGCCUACAGCUUGGUGGUUCCUAAUGUUGAAUGGCAAUUCAUGAAGCGACAAGCUGCUCAACAUUCAGAGGAAGCGCAACGGAUCAAGGCGGAAGCCGAUCAGCUAACGGCCGAGAAUUCCAACAUGUUGGAUGAAGUUAGUGACCAAAUUAUUGGAGCUGGUGACGUGCUGGCCAAAGGAGUUGCACAGCAGCAAAUUGCUGAUGAACUACUGGCAGAUGCCGAUGUUGCCUUAGGAAGGUCUCAGGAAGCCGUCUCGUUGGGUGACAAAACUCUACAAGAGGCUCAAAAAACAUUGGAAACGCUCGAAGGUUUUGACUCGCUGGUGCAGGAGAGCAAAGAAAAAGCUCGCGAUGCUCUAGGUCAGGUUGGCGAAAUUAAGAAUCUGAUUGAACAGGCAGAGGAGAGGACGCGAGAAGCACAAAAUGCCCUGGCUGGCGCUGAGUCCGAUGCUAGAGUGGCCCGUGAUUCAGCAAACCAGGCACAAGAACACGCAGAACAAGCUUCAAAGGACGCUGUACUGAUUCGUCAAGGAGCAUCAGAAACACGUGAUAAAGCCGGCCAACUGAAAGAUACAGCCGAAAGUCUUACUUCUAGUGUGGCAGAUACGGCUAACCGAAUGAGAACUUUGGAAGCCGAGGCUGCCGAAGAUCAAGGUCUCGCGAAAGAGGCAUUGGAGAAGGCUAAUCAAGCCAAAAGCAUUUCUGCUGAUUCGACUGUUAAAGUUCGUGAAGCUAUUAGCGCAGUGAAUGAGAUACUCAUUUCCCUUAACAAUAUGGGAAACAUAGAUACUGCGGCUUUGGAUGAGUUGGAGCGCAAGUUAAUCAUUGCUGAGCGUGAUUUCAUCGAGUCUGACAUUGAACGACGCAUCGAAGAGAUGCGGACAGCCCGAGUCACCCAGAAUCAAUGGGUACGAGACUACGAAGAAGAGUUGGCACGCCUUCGACUAGAGGUUGAUAACGUAGAGGCCAUCAAGGAGGCCCUACCUGACGGCUGUUGGAAGAGACUGAAAUUGGAACCUUAAACGACAGAUGAUUCCAUUUGUUGUCAUAAUCACAACAAACUAUUUUUCCCCACUUUAAACUAAGUUUUUUAACCAUAAAUUCGGCAGAAAUCACAAACAAUUUUUAUCCAGGGAAAGAUUUACAUGGGGACAAAACUAUCGCCUAGCUCGUACGUAUAUAAAUCGACUCGGCACUUAGUCAAACACCAUAAAAACCACAAUGAGUUCAGACAUUAGGGAGCUUAAAAUGAAAAAGUUCACUUUACAUUAUUUUAGGUUUUGUUUAGUUUUUCCGAUCCCAUUUCUUUUCAAAGUUUCUUAUUGGCGGGAAGUUCCCAUUUUUUUUUCCCUUUCAUUUUUUGUUCACAGCAUUACCGUGCUUCCCUCUCCAGAGUGCCGUUAAUGUCGCAAGUGCCUGUUUGAUACAACUAUUCGCCAUGUGCCAAAUGAUUCCUCCUCCUUUUUACCUUGCUGCAUGAUCGACCACAGAAAAGAAAAGUGUGUGUAGCCAUUGCCUAGGAUUUUCAAUCAAAAUUCUUGUCUGAGAAUUUUUCUAACGAAUGUAGUUUAAAAUUGCACCGAGGGAUUCUCUCUGAUGAAUGCCAAAGACGGACGUGCUUGUUUCUUACUCGUCAUUUUUCUUACAAACAUGCCGUUUAUUUGUCGACGUUGAAAUUUCUAAUGGCCAGAGAAAACGUUGUAAUGGAAAAUGGAUCGAUAAUUCGAAAUUUUUUGGAGAAAAAAAAAUGUCUUUAUUCCAUUUUUUUUUUCAAGCUCCCUCCCCGUUUAUAUGUUUUCCGUCUCGUACAGAGAUAAAACUCCCUUUCUGUAAAAUACCUUUUCUAAAAAGCCAUGUUUGCACUCACUGCCGCUGUUUCUUGACUCAAUACAUGACCAUUUAAGUGA